AACCCACAUAAUAAAAUAUUAUGUAUUUGAGGCAUUUAAAGACUAAUGCGCAGUUGUAUUCAUGAUUGACAAACAAUUGGCAUGAAUUCAAGUUUAUAUUUACAUGAAAUGAAUACACCAUUCAAAUUUUACAAUAAUCGGAACAUAAUCUUCUUCCUGUAUUCAGUGCGGUGCUUUCAGUCGUCUGAUAUAAGCAUGCUUUCAACUCUAGUUUUGAAAUAAGUUAAAAGUUUAACACUUCUGGAAAAUAUAUUGUUUAGGCAAUGGUAUAUAUAUUCUAGCUCUGAAAACGUAAAAAUCAUGAUUGGAAAUUUAAAAGAACUUAUAUCUGCAAAAAAAAACAUUAUAAAGCAAGUAAAGGCCAUUGGUCGUGAGAUGAAAAUUGUGGAACAAAAUUACAGAACAGCUAAUAUCGUAACAAAAUCUUUGUCCAUUGUGUCAGGAAUUAUUUCUGUGGGACUUGUGAUCGCAGCACCAUUUACAGGUGGGCUAACUGGUACAGCUGCUGUUGCUGUCACUGGGCUAGGGCUUGCUGGGUCAUCUGGAUUAUUACUAGCAACAUUCCUUCAACAAAUAACGGAGAGUGGGCUGUUGCAACAGUUACAAGAAGCGAUUGCACGAGAUCAAGCAGCUACAAAGCGUUUCAAGCAUGCUUUACGGGCCGUCAGGGAGGCACAGAGUUUAAUGAGGAAUACUGCAACUUUCAUUUCCAGUGCAAAAAGGCUUGUAAAAUCUGCAGACGUUGCGAUGGAUACGAUGCCCAUUGCAAAGAUGGCAACCAAAGCUAGCGUUUUUCUGACAAAAGCUAACUUUGUUAUCACCGUCGUAAUGAUUCCAAUGGACUUAAUUUCCUUAGUUGAUGACUUAAAGAAUCAAAAAGAGGGUCGAUUAAUGACCUUUGCAAAACGAGUUUUCGACAUCCUGGCUGUUCUUGAAUCAGAUUGCGCUGAUUUAGAAAUAGUCGAAAAUGAAUAUAAUGAAUUUUUCCCAACGACAACUGAGGAGCCUGUUUUGCAACGAGUUAAAGCGGAAUUGUGAAUUGAAAUAUGAAACUACGAUUCAUAAAAGCGGAUAGCAUGACAAUCGCAAAAAGAAUGCAGUGUUUUUUUACAAUCAAUUUAACAGAAGUACGGUUGUUAAUACAUAUAUAUGUAUCAGUUUGAACAUUUUGAUUAUUUUAAAGUCUUGAAUCAAUGACUUAUUUCGUGUGUUGAUUUUAGUGUGAUUGUAUCUUAUCAGCUUGAUUCAUAUUUUGAUUUUUAUAUAUCAUGCUCUGCGUUUUAUAUGUUUUUGUACAUAGCAGAUCAUCAUAUUUGAUUUAGUUCAAACAUAUCUUUACAACGAUUGUGGAACAAGUUAUUACAACAUUGUAUUAAUCACUCUCGUGGCCCGAUUUCACGCGAUAGUGGGGUCUUGUGUUGUGGGGGAAACCGGAGAAACCGGAGGAAACCCACUUGUCCGGCUUGGUGACCACGAACCAAAAUCACAUGCGCCCGAGCCGGGAAUCGAACCCGGGUCGCCUAGGUGAGAAGCGAGUGCGCUAACCACUGCGCUCACCGGACAACCUACAUAUUUGAUAAUCUACUCAUAACUUAUCAUUAUAUUUGAUCAUCAUUAUCAUACUAAUAAAUUGUUAUCGUUCAUUAUUACCAUUGACAUUUUGCUAUUUGGGAAACAUUGUUCCCGACAACGCGAAAAAUAAAAUGCAAGUACAUACCAAUUAUGUUUGAAAUGCACACUACUACGUUGACUGAUAAGUUCUCAUGUUUGGGAAAAAGUAGGACUGAUUGUCACUGUAGAUUGAUGAUUUUACACAGGUUUCUAUUAAUCUAUUGAUAAUUUUGACAAGACUCUAAAUCGGAUUUAGUUUGCCUUCGGAAUUAAAGUUAUUUGCUUAACAAUUGUGUUUGUCCGGAUACGAUGCAGUUUACUUUUAAUUGGAUAUGAAAGUCGGAGCGACUCGGCGUCAUUUAAUUCGCAUACAUUAUAGCAUUUGCUAGGUGUUACAUAUUCAUUAUAAUGCUGUUAUCAUUGUGCAUAAGUUAUCUAUUAGUUAAAUAACAUACAUAUAUCUACAUAACUACAGUACUGUUAAGACCAAACUUGACAGUUAGUGAACUUCUUGUUCACUAUCAGUUCACCAUCAGUGCACUUCGUAGUGCACUAGGGUAAGACAAGGGCAAGACCAGGAAAAGACUAAAUGUAGACAAGGGGCUGACCAGAUAAGGCUUCUUCAGUCUGUCAUAAAAGCUAUAUUUACAGUGAAACUUAGAAUGAUGUGUGUAGUUUAAACAGAUGUUUUAAUGUUAAUAGAAUAAUUAUAAUCCAUUUGGACCUUUCAUGUAAUUAAUAUAGAUUUAUUAAAUUAAAUAACUGAUGUUGUUUUAUAAAAAAGAAAUUGUCAAAACAAAGAUAUUUAAAAAAAAAUUGUUUUCUUUAUAAAUAUGCUUUGCAUUAUUUUGAUAUUAAUUGAUAGGUAUAAUGAUAUAACUUUGGUUCUGGGUUAAAGGGUUUCAUCUUCAAACACUUAUUGAACAUAACGAUUAAAUGAAUUCAUGAGCCUUUAUUUAAACGUUUUCACAAGGUGAUAAUUACAAAUUGUUCGUUAUUUGAAAUAGUUAAUCAUCAAAGUUCAUGCCUUAUUGUUCCAAGCUCAAACUGAAAUUUUUGUGCCGUUGUUGAUUCAUUCAAAGGUUAUAUAAACCAAGAUUUUCUUCCAUCUAUUCUAAAACUUUCAAUUUUAUGUUUAUUUUUGUUUAACAAAUGUAUUAUGAUUUAAGGUGACAGCCUAGCAGCAAUCAUGCAUUAUCGAAUAAGUACACCAUUAAUUAUAAUAGUAUAUUUUCUAAAUUGUACCCAGAUUUAUUAAUUGCAUUUCUGAUUUGAAACACAUAAUAAAUAAACAAAUAUUUUAGAGGUUUUGUAUAAUUGGUUCUGCUGCGACAUUAUUAAAUGAAAUACUAUCCAUUGAAGGCUACCCUAAGCCUUCUUUAAGUGCCCCCCAUAGUACACAAUUCUGUGUAUUGAUCUUUAUCUUUAUUGCCUCCUGCAGAUCUGUCAGUGUUUGACUUAUUGUUUCAUUUUGAUAACUUUUUAAAUCAUAUCAAAAGCAUUAUAACAAUGCUUUAGAGUAAGAAUAAUGUUAGAUAGUAUUAAUAAUAUCCCAUUUAUAUGAUUUAUAUCAUACAACAUAAAUGUUUAAAUGUUACUUUAUUUGUUUAUUAUUUACUUCUCAUCUGUCAAAUUAAUACAUCGUUUAUGCAAGAGUAUGUUGUGUAUUAAUAAGACAAUGCUAUUUUCUACUGUCACCUCCAAAUGGCCCCGGGCCAAUAAACAAUACACAGGAAAUUGGCCCUGCAAUGACAGCAGUGCAAUAAACAAGGGAUACACAGCAGAGAAUUAACAUGACAAUCUUCUUAAAACUAGGCCUUUGAAGGAAACUCAAUAAAUGUUUUACAAAUUUGGUUUUAGAGAAGAGAUGGUAACAAAUAUGUUUUUAUAAAAUAUGGAAAAUAGUUUAUAAUUUGUGUUGCAACUGCAUUAUAAAAUAAAAAUACUAUUUCUUUACGACACUUUUCAUCAUUUGUUAAUCAAAUUGUUAAGAUGUUUGAGUAGAGAUAUUUAAUAUUUACCAUGCAUAUCAUGUAUUUUAACAUCAAAUAGCAAGUUUAAUAGCACUUAUAUUCAUUGUAAUGCCUGUUUAAUGGUUGGAUGCAUAGGAUAAUUCCCUUUUUUAAUGUAAUCACAGCAGGUAUGAAUAAAGUAUGAGUAAGCAUUUUAUCAUUUUCUGAAAUUCAAUUUUAAUGCCUGGUAAGUGGGCCAUUAGGUAGGAUAAUUCCCUUCUGUGCUCUUUUUAUAGAUAAAGAUAAAUGGAUACAUUCAGUAUCAAAUGCUUAAACUAGGCUUUUAAGAUGUUUAUUUAUGAAAAAUAAAGAAAUUAGUCGUGAAUAUAGUUAGUAACAUAUAUACAGGAAAGUUACAGACAAUUGCAAAUUCAUUUAAAUAAGUAUUUAUAAACUUUUUGAUGAAGUUAUAAUGUAAUGUAUGUAUGAAAAAGCUGUUUCUGAAGAAAUAGCCUGAGCUUCUAUUUUUAAAUCUAAUUAAGGGUGAGGUAUUUUUUUAUCAACACUUCUUCUUUUAAAUUAAAAUUACCUUUUUUAUCAUAAACAUUGGUUUUGCAUUCACAGUUUGAAUAUAUAAUAGUGCUGUUCACUUAUAUACUUAGGACUCAGAAUUAUUAUUUUGUAAUCACUAAUUGACUUUAAUUAAAUGUCUGAAUUACCAAAAAAAAUGUUUGGAUGUUACAAUAGUAGCACAAUUAUAUGUAUAACAACCCUAUUUUCAAAUAUUGGCUUACAAAGAAAAUUUAUUGUAUUUAUUUAAGAAAUGUUUUAUUCUUAUUUCAUCUACAUUAGAAUUUAAAAAAUGACAAAUAUGACAAGUAAAUGAUGGGUAGAAACCCCUUGUCUUUAGUUACUGGCCCAUUAAAUGAUGGACAUCAUAAAGUCAUCAAUAAAUGCAGUAUACUAAAAUGUUUUGUCACAAGUUAAACAAUGAACUACUAGAGAAAAUGAUCUUAUCAGUAAAAUUAAAUCAAUAUAGUAAGGCCAAUCUGAGUGGACCAGGAAAAUCAAUACUGGCUUAUCUAAUAAACUACAGACUACAUUAGUUUAUCAAUAGUGCACAAAUUGUUCACUAAUAGUCCACUCCUAGUGAACAAGAGUGUAAAGUUUGGUCUUAAUAGUACUGUAUAAGCUGUAGAUCUUCAACUCAUAACUUCUCAUAUAUUAUGUGUUUGUAUUUGCACAAUUCUUAUUGUGUUGUUGUUGUAUUUUGUGUUUUUUAAACUGUUACAAAUUCAUAAUACUUUUCAUAAUCAUAGAAAAAUACAGUUUUGGAGGAAUAAAUUAUAUCUUUCUG